UUGUCACAGAUUUUGCUUUGAAUGUAAUUUCUUCUUAACUGUACAUCUUUUGUUAGAAUUUUUGGCAUUUAUAAUUUUAUGUUAUGAAGAGAAUUGAACCUUCAUUUGAUUUUUUUCACUAUCAGCAAGUUUGGUUGGUUAGGUUAGGUUAUGACAGUAACUGCCGGACGCCUAAUCCACGUCCGGUUACCGGACGCGUAUCCUCUGCGUUUACACUAAUUCAGUCCAACGAAAUAAACUUAGGCUAACUUUAUGAUAGAGAUUUAAUUUUGUGGAUCAAUUUUAUGACCUUAGCGAAAAUAAUGUACAAAUUAAAACUUCCAUUCAUAUUAAUAGUUGUAAGUUUAGCUUAUUAGACAUUUUUGUUUGUUUUUUGUUGUGUGAGUUUUUAUGAUUCAUUAUUUUAGUUCACAUAGCCUUAUUGAGAACCUUUUCGGCACCCAGAAGAAUGGCUUCAACAGUGAUUAAAAUAAAAGAAGGUGCCAUCCGUGGAAAGGAGGUUACUGCUACGUCAUUUCGUAAGAAGAAAUAUUUUUCUUUCCAAGGAAUUCCUUAUGCUCAGCCUCCUGUUGGAAAUCUUCGUUUUAAGGACCCUGUGCCAGUGACAUCGUGGGACGGAGUACGAGAUACACUUAAGGAGGCACCACUGUGUCCCCAAAAACAUGUAAUUCUCCGUCGGUCCUUGGGCGAAGAAGACAAUUGCUUGGCUCUGAACGUCUACACCCCUCGGUUACCAGAAGCCGGAUCGGCCCUGCUGCCUGUCAUGGUGUGGAUCCAUGGCGGCGGCUUUACCUUCGGGAGCGGAAACACUGAUUUGCACGAUCCCGAAUACUGGAUGGAACAAGACGUCGUCAUUGUUACUUGCAACUACAGAGUCGGUGUAUUGGGGUUUCUGUCGCUGGGUACUUCCGAGGUUCCUGGCAACGCAGGUUUGAAGGACCAAGUGAUGGUGUUGAAGUGGGUACAAUGGAACAUCGCUCAGUUUGGAGGAGACCCGAACAAUGUUACAAUGUUUGGUGAAAGUGCGGGAUCGGCCUCAGUACAUUACCACCUGCUGUCUCCAAUGUCUAGAGGUUUGUUCCACCGGGCGAUUCUCAUGAGUGGGUCAAGUUUAAACACGUGGGCCUUCAGUUCUCAGGCAUUGGAAAAGUCUUUCAGUCUUGGAGAAAAGUUAGGUCUGUCAACGUCCGAUCCGAAAAAGCUAUUGGAAUUUCUGCAGAAUCUGCCAGUUUUCGAUCUGGUCAAGAUGCAGAACAAAGUUCUCACUGCUCAGGACAAGCAGGAUCUAAGAGUGUUCCCGUUUGUGCCGUCCGUAGAGUUGUCAGGCGGGGCAGAACAGCGGUUCCUGACGGAGCAUCCUCGGACCAUACUGCAGCGAGGGGACAUCGCCCCUGUGCCUGUUAUCUUCGGGGCUAACAACAAGGAGGGCAUGCUUGUCAUGAAUGAUGUUCCGCACAAUGAUGAGCUGUUUAAGGUGGUAAACAGUAACUUCUCUCGCAUUUUACCCGGAGACCUCGGCUUGCCAAACAACGCGGCCGAUAAACUUCGUAGAUUCUUCUUCGGCAAGAAAGACAUUGGUUGGGGGACAAUCAGUGAUUAUUUCGAUUACUACGGAGACGUUUUCUUCUACCUGGGUAUAGACGAGGCGGUGCGUCAUCAUCUUGCUAGUGGCAAAGCACCGGUCUACUGUUAUUGGCUGAGUUACGACGGAGGUCAAGGACUUCUAUCACACUUCCUGCGUCUUAUUUAUCACCAAUGUGAGCUGAAAGGAGUUUGUCACGCCGAUGAUGUCGGGUACAUGUUCAAGUCCAAUCUUCCCGGAGCUCCGGAACUAACUCCUGGAAGUCCGGAUGAACAUAUGGUUUCCACAAUUACUGGAUUGUGGCGAGAGUUUGCUUCUACAGGGAACCCAAACAAAGAAGAACAAGUGGUGAAAUGGGCUCCAGCAAUUUUGGAGGGCUCCAGUUGGAAAAGAUUCUUGGAAAUCAACAAUCCAUUGGAAAUGAAGAACUCUCGGAUGGCACAAACGAGAAUGGAAUUCUGGGAAACAUUGUUGAGACCAGAAAUAAAACAGAAAUUAUAAUAUUUAGUGUAUUUAUCUUGUUUGUAAAUACAUUAGGCUAACUAUUAAAAAUGGUAGAAGUUGAGGUAGUUUUAAGGUGAAGGUAGAGUAAAGUAGGGUUGCAAGAAAAUAACAUUAUGUAAGGAAGAUAAAGGUGAAACAGGUUUUUAUUUUUUUACUCAGAUCGCAGUCAGUCGGUGGUAGUGAUAGAGAGGGUGUGCUGUUUUCCAUGUCCCUCAUCAGUGGCCAAACUUGUACAAGGUGAAUUUUGACUGAUGUUGAGAACACCACUGAUAGGCAUGAUUCAGCUUAAAUGCUAAAUUGAGACAUGUUUCAAAAAUUAAAUUGUCAUUUUAGUUGUGCUGGUACUAGCCGAUGAGUUUUUAGAAUUUUAGAAACCAACAGGUCUGGUCUAAUAAAGAACGUUUUUACUUGAUCACAAUUAAAUAGUAUAUUUCAUUACUAGGACCGAAAGUGGCAUUUUCCGGCGCGCGCUCAAGUUUUUGUGUGAGGCGAAGACGAACACAGGGAACCCCAAUUUCACGUGUGAGGCGAAGCCGAGUAUGUGAGAGCUAUUUUCACGUAUGAGGCAAAGCCGAGGACGGGAAUAAUGGAGCAAGUGCCGGAUAAUAACUUUCGGUACGAGUUAUGAACGAUACUUUUCAUCGCGAAGCAAAAAUACACAAACAGAAUAGCAGACCUCAGUAAUAUUACAACUAAUUUAUUUCUCAAUUAAUUUGACUAGCAUCAAAAUAAAAUAAAAUCUUCUAAAAGGAUACGUACGUAUAUUUUCGAUUAAUUUUAGAACAAAAAAAUAAAAGAAAAUACUCUAAAGGAAACUUACGUAUUUUUUCAAUAAAUUUGGAUUAAACCGUAAAAUAAAACAAUAAAAGAACUUUUGACUUUACAUACAGCUGAUCGAAAUCAUUAAAUUAUAUCGUAACAAAACACUAGCGCACGUAGUGAGUAAAUGGAUAACUAAUUGAGAGCGAGGGAAAGUAAAUUUAGAGCGAGGGAAAAUCAGCUGAUCGAUUUUCCCUCGCCCUAAAUUAGAGCUUGGGAAACGACUACUUUCAUUGAUGUCAGAUGUUAUCGAAAAUAGUUACUUUCGUUAAGGAGUGAUGAAAAUGAUUUUCCUUGUUUGAAUCUAUUCAGUUAAUUAGAUCAAUGUAAACGUGAACUUGACAAUCUGCCUGUGAUAGUAAUGAAAUGUCUUUCUGUUUUGUAUACUGUUAUUAUUUAAUAUUUUGUUUUAAAUGAGAUUGCUCACUAUAUGAGUUACAAGAAUAAGAAGAAUGAGUCCCCUGCGGUUGGAAUAAAAUAGUGAAAAUCUGCCACAAGCCCACAAUCGUGGGGAAAUCGAAAUCGGUUAUUUAUUUUUGACUGCGCAGUUUUUGAAGAUGCUUUUCUUCAUACUGCGAGAUUAAACGCUUGACCUAGCUGGGUAUUAAAAAUCAAGCCACUCAUCUGAUAUAAAUGACCUGACCCAAGCUCUUGGGCUUACUAUUGGCCUGUCCAGGCCCAAAAAAUUUCAGGGAACCCUAGUUAGGUAUAUUGCUCACUUAGAAUUUCAUAGAAACUGUAUUAAGAGUUUAGCUCAAUGUGAAAGAAGAGAUUUUAAACUUAGUUAUUAGAGUAAAAGAUUACACAUAAAGUACCACUUGAAAAGUGAUUGUGGAGUUUUUACGUAUUUAUUAUGAAUAGUUUUUAAAUUAUUGUUUUGCUGUUGUUACUUUUUGUUUGAAAUUGCUCAAUUUUUUUUCAAUGUUGAAAGCUAACCUUUUAAGAUUUUAUCAUGUUAAUAUAAAAUGUACCUAAAGAUCUACAGUGUUUCAUAAUGUAGGUAUGUGUGUAUGUAUAUAGAUUUUUAUUUUUAUUCUUCCAAGAAGGAUAAGCUGCUCACUGUUCACUACUCAUGUUUAGUUGUUAAUUAAAACAGCAUAGAUUAAUUUAAUAAUUAAUAUUGUCUAAUGCAUCAUCUCUAAAUGCCUAAUGAAAAAUACAAAUCUCGAAUCUUGACAUUGUGAUCUUAACAUUGGUGCUUGGUCAAAAGUAAGGAUAUAAAGAAAUACUCUGUAAAAUACAGUAUAUUAAAUGUAUUAGAUAUAUUACAUUGUUGUUUUUGAUAAGUUUUAUAAAAUGUUAAAAUUGUAUAUCAUUUAUACAGGAAAUAUAUAUUUUGUUUAAA